GUAAUAAACAUUCCCAUCCAACGUUGUCCUCUCUUCCCAACCUGGUGGUAGUUCGUCCUCGCUGUCAGAAUCAUUCAAAAGUCCUACCAUCUCCUCAUGAAAUUCUAAUUAAAGGUUCUUUUUUCUUCUUUUUUUUUUAAUUAUAUUUUUUUAUUUUUCCAUCAGAAGCUUAGGUUAUAUAUAUUCAUAUCCAUGUAAUCAAUCCUUUAAAUGUCAUUCAGGAUAUAAACGUCACAUUUUUUAUAUGCGUUCCACAGAUUGAAGGAAUCAUUCAUUUACCUUUUUGCUUAUUUUCAUUCACAUCUAUGUUAAAUACUCCAUUCAAUUAAUUAGCGCCAUUGAUGUCACAUGUUGUAGGUUUAGGUUAAGAAACCUGCAGAUCAAAGAAUUAUUUAUGUUGACAUGGCUGGGAAGAAAGGAACAGAAUUAGCGUUGUCUAUGUUGAGAGUGUUACCUAGAGUGACAUUAGCAAAUAUCCGAGAUAAUCCUGGUGCGAAGAAAAAAAGCCAACGUGGUAGAGGUCAACACGGUGGUAAUAAACAUGGUGCUGGAAACAAAGGUUCCGGGCAAAGACAAAAUUAUAUGCGCUUGGGAUACGAGACUGGCAAUACUCCUUUCUACUUAAGAUUUAGCGCAGAACCUUAUUAUAGAGGCCACCAUGUAAGACGAGAGUAUCCACCGCUUAGUUUACAACAACUGCAAAUGUACAUCGAUUUGAAUCGGGUGGAUAUCAGUAAGCCAAUAGAUCUUGUAUCAUUAUUAAACACUAAACUAUAUACUAUUAAUGUAAAUUGGAAACACGCGGGCGUUCAUUUAACAGACGAGGGUGCAGAUAAUUUUAAAGCUAAAGUAAACAUAGAAGUGCAAUGGGCUAGUGAACCUGUAAUUGCAGCUAUCGAGAGAAAUGGUGGUGUAAUUACAACUGCUUACUACGACGUGCAAUCCCUUUACGCCAUGCGCGACGCAGAACAAUUUUUCAAAAAAGGUGAACCGAUACCUCGUCGGUUUUUGCCGCCGAACGAUUGUCUGGAAUAUUAUUCCAGCGCUGCUACGAGAGGAUACUUGGCAGAUCCUGAAAAGAUCUCUUAUGAACGAUUGGUGUUGGCGCAAAAAUAUGGCUACGAAUUACCGAGAAUUGAGGAUGAUCCUGACUACGAGAUGCUGUGCGAGCGCAAAGAUCCGCGACAAUUGUUUUACGGUCUGGAACCAGGCUGGGUGGUCAGUCUUACUGAUAAAGUAAUAUUGAAACCUAAAGCCGAGUAUCUGACAAAAUAUUACGCAAAGUGAAGCACGAGACUAAAAUAGUGUGAAUGUAUUAGAUUUAAUAAAUGACACUCUUACAAUA